AUAAUCUAAAGAUGUCAUUCAAGAGAGAAGGAGAUGACGCUUCACAAUUGAAUCUUCUUAAGAAACGGAGAGUAGCUGAACUGUUGGCUAAGGAUAUCCCGGAUGAUGAAGCAAUGCUUAUGAGCAAUGGAAGGUAUGCGUGUACGGUUUGCCAUUAUAAACCAGUCUUCGACACCGUUGAUAUGCUGACAGUUCACCGAGCUGGAAAGAAACAUCAACAUGCCACUGAAAAUCAUUUUGCAAAGAAGAGAGAGCUCGCUUUGCUGGUCAGAAAGAGAAGACAAGAAGAAGAGAUUAAGAGAGAAAAUCAGGAAGGAGUGAAUCGGGAAACUGAGCCAUCCCCCCUAUUGCUGAAAGUGGAAGCGGCCAAAAGACACACACUGCUGAAGGAAGCUCCAUACAAUCCAUGCCAUACACACAAAAAUGAAGGACCUUCCAAGAAGUCUAAGAACAAGCUAUUCUUCCAAUCCAUCCGGCAGAUCAGUUCUUCCAAUCAGACGGCAGGGAAUUCAAAUCUAGCCAAUCAGGACCAAGAUCUUUUACAUUCUUCAAAUGAACAUGCUACAACUAUCCCUACUCAACAGACUCCUCAACCAGGCUUUUCUAAUGAUCACCCUCAUGGUACUGUUGCCAGCUCAACUACUGCUCCUCGAAAGGCAGGUCUCAAGCCUGGGUUCAAGUCUAACCUUCAGACUCGAGCUCCAGGAGUUUCUAGCUUUCAAAUCAGACCAUACGUUUCAAAAGCAAAGAAGAAUGCAAUGAAUGAAAAAGCAUGCUCUUCACAACAACCACAUCAUAAACCUAAUUCAGGAAAGCCAGAAACAACCUCAUCCCCAGGUUCCUACAAUGAAUCAUCCCUUUCCGUUCAAGAUCAAACGUAUGGAGGUGAGGUUGAGAACUCGGUUGAAUUCAUAAGGGAAUUCCAAAGUACACAGAACCCAGAUGUUGAUGACUAUGCUAGCAUUACCAAGCUUAGACAGGCCAAAGAUGAGAGGAUCACUAAAGGAAUUCCAGGCAGCUCCUUUCAGAGGGAAUCGCCAUGUGGCAACUUGCAACAGGAUACCAGGUUAGAUGUAGAUGUUGGAGAGAAGGGUUCGCGGCAACAUGGACAAGGACCUGCACCGAAGCCUGAGUUUGUGAGGGGUUUCCAGGGGUGUAGCCAAGGGACACAUGAACACCCUCAGGGUGUGAGGGGUAUCCAGAGGUGUGGCCAAGGGUCUUCCCUGGAGCCUCAGGGUUUGAAGGAUCUCCAGGACUGCAGAAGAGGGGCUAGAGUAGAAGAAGAAAGGACUAAACAAAGACCAGGACAGACAAAGCAGAAGAGCAUAUCAAAGAUGACAGAUGAAAAGAAGAAAGAACUCCAGAGAUACUUAGAGCUUACUAGUUCUGGCUGGGUCCAAGAUAACGGAGGUAACUGGGUCAAAGGUCAGGAUGUGGAGUUCGAUUCGGAUGAAGAGCCACCAACAUCUUAGACCGUAUGCUCUUGGACAUUUCCCUCAAACGGAUAGCAAGGUUCCUACUUGCUCAACACUUCUUCAAUAGACAAAAUACUGCUCUAUAAACAACCCUCUGAUUGAAAGGCGCCUAAGGCGGAAGUCUGAAGCAAUCUGACGGUUGCAAGAGCAAACUUCCUAAUGGAGCGUGGUGCUGCUGGCCAGAUACAUGGAGGUAAAGCAUUGUUUGCAUUCCUGUUUAAUGGAUAGUUUUAUAUUCAAGCCGUCAUGCUUUUAUUUGCAGUGCAUACUUGGCUGCUUGAAUUGUGAAACCAGGUAUGGUGGCUGGAUGUUUGAUGAACAAAUACAUGUAGUCAGAAUUCAUCUCUUCAUCAUUUUUAUUGCAGGAACUAUCUUUAUUUGGUUAGUCCUGCAGGAUUUAAAAACUUACCUGUAUAUAAUUAUAUGUGACAUGUCUGUAUGAAACGACAUGUUGCAUAAAAUCUGUUGUGGUCUAGCCUGAAUAAAGCCAAAUCUGCUGUAUGCCGGUUUCCAAUACUUGUUAAGUAUCCUUAACACCCAUGCUGAAACACCUUUCAGCCUCUGCAUGCUUUUUUUUAUUUUGCCCAUAAAUUUGUGAAAAGAAGGUAGUAAUGUCCCUGUUUCAUCUUUUUGUAAUCCUUUGUCACUGUGUGAGUGGUUUAAUGUUAAUGAGGUUUGGGGCCUGGUUAUUUGGUGUGUCUGGUGUACCUGGACCUUGAAUGCCAUGACAGGAAACCAUUAGGGAGCUCACUGGCCAAGGUG